ACGUUUUAGUUGAAUGACAGGAAAUUCGAAACAUUUUGAGAAGUUUUACGCAGCGGAGUUAGACCUUUGGAAACGUCUGGAGGUUCGUUCUUCAUAAACAUAUUUCUGAGACCCAUUAAGGCUGGAUUGGCUCCGACAGUUGUGUUUAGCAGAACUCAUUCUUAAUCCGCAGCCGCUGUGUCUCAACCGAGGGACGAUUUUGCUGGUUUCUGAACCUCUUGACACGGGAUAGACAACAGACGAGUGCAACACGGUAAAAUGGAGAUUAUCGUGCUACUCACCGCAGUGCUGGCAGCCAUGCGUGCAGCUGCCCAGGACAAUUGUGAUCUCAAUGACAUCAACAACAACAGCGUAUUGAAUGUGAAGGCGGCAGAUAUGAUCUCGCAGGGAUGCUGGAGCACUUACCAGAAAGAAGAACAGGAUGUUCAUGUUAUUAACCUGAGGAUCAGCAAGCAACACCAAAUUCUACGUUUGGAUAUGAAAAAUCAAAAGAAUGUGAUCCUGAUCCUGAACAGCAAUAAGGCCGUCACCCUCUUUUCCAUGCUGCAGAAUAACAGGACAACUAUUUACAUUGCAUCUCCUCUCAUUUUUGCACUUCAUAUGGAUGUAAAAACACAAGAGCUGCCUGACAGCAGCAACGACCUCCUCAAGUGGGCUGAAGAAAAAUUUGGGGGUGUGACAUCGUUUUCUGAACUUGUGAACCCUGAACGGCUAACUGUCAAAGAUGCAAACAUGGACUCCGGAACUUCAACCUGUGAACUACAGCCAGAUUUUAGGAUGGGAGAAUACUUGGAAGUCGUCUACGCCUUAAGUGUAAAGGUCUGCCACCACCAUAUCCAGCAAAGGAUGAGGAGAGCGCAUAUAAUAAGUGUAGCCAAGGGACUUGAAAACAGGGUGAUUAAUGUGGAUGUGCUCUCAAGGAUGGCACCACUCCUCAUCCUUCAAGGGCCAGCGACAACAAAAUGGUUCAUCACUUUUGACUCCAAUGACUGUCAGGUCAUAAGUAAUACCCCUGUCAGCAUUAAAGGGUUAACAAAUCCCUUAACCACCAAUUUAAGUGACACAUACAGCAGCUUGGUGCAGCAGGUGCCUUCAUUAACAAACUACUUCAAAGAAAUUGCCAUCUCUUACACAGAGAUACAAAGCGCACCUUCACAUCUAAACGUGGAGGUCAAAACCGAACCCGCAGAACCUUCUUCCACCAGAGCACCAACAUCUGCUCUGAGCACUGCCAGGAAUGAGGAAAUGAUAAGGCUUGAGUUCUACCGAACCAAAGAAUUCAAAUUCCCUUUGACUGAGUUGAGAAACCUGGAUAGCAGGGAGACGCUCUAUGCAAAGAUUACCAAAGAUCUUAAAAUGGUUGAGCUUGGGAUAAAGCUUUUCAAUUGCUCAGCCACGAUAAACAGCGAUCAGGUGAAGAAUGUGAAAUUUACAAAGCAAGCAUGUCCACAGAAGGGCUUCUCAAGCACAUGCUUUACCUUCUCCUUUAAUGACAUCCUAAAGGAGCCGGGACGUUACUUUCUAGACCUUGUGUGCUGUGUACAGACGUGUUUCGGGGAGAGAUGCUUUCAAGACGAUUUCGUACAACAAAGUUUGGAAACCAUCAAGACAACGGUGGAGACGCCAAUUAAUGGCGGUGACGUUCAUGGACUGGACAUGUCGGCAGCACUCGGAAUAGCCUUUGGUGCGUUUCUGAUUGGAGCCGUGCUGACGGGGGCGCUCUGGUUCAUCUACACUCACACAGGGUCCGCAGCCAAGGCCAAGCCCGUUCUUUCCAAUCCUCCUCCAUCGGAAAACAGCAGCGCCAACCACAGCAUCGGGAGCACCCAAAGCACGCCUUGCUCUACCAGCAGUAUGGCCUGAGGAGCCUCGCGAGAUUCCUGCGCUCUUCACCCGUCAAGCACACAUCGGCCCACCAGUAACAUACGGAUAUGUAUUUUUAUUUUUAUUUUUUUGUUCUCCUCUUCCUCCCGUUUCUGCUCAAACGUCUCCUCUUUCAGAAGGAAAGCUGCCAUCAGCGUCAGCAGGCCACAUCCAAACCGUCCAGGAAAAACAAAAAAAAAAGACAAAACAAUUUCCCUCAAGACCACCAAAACAGGACAUUCGCCGAAUUCCUUUCACCACCUUGUUUGUUUGUUUGUUUGUUUAAGCUUUUUGAAGAAGAAAAAGUCAAAGGAAGAAAAAAAAACAGAGAAAGCAAAAUGUACUUUAAUUUAUUCAGAUUUUUUCCAUCACCAGGAAGGCCGCACUGAAGUGUGUGGCGACAAAACAUCAGGCGGCCGUGAAGCGACUCUCUUGAUUUUGUGGGGGGGGUGGGGGGUCUAAUGUGCUGCCUGCCAAGUACCUUGGAUGCCUCCUGAGUUAGUCUUGGGGGGGGGGGGUGGCCUGUACUUAUUUAAACUUCACUGACAUGUGUAAGGAAAAUGACGCAGCUGCCUUAAACCUCGUGAGAGACGGAGUAACGAGAAGCUAAAGAACUUCCUAUGUAGGCCCGCGUAGGCCCACCAAAUGUUCUGCUAACCCCAACUUUAAAAAAAAAAAAAAAUACAAAAAGAAAUGUUGGUAGUUAAUCCCGAAUCUUUAAGCCACCAUUACAAACACAAGACAGUACUUCGGAGAAAAACUGCAUUCACGUGUCAACAUCCGAGGCGGCCAUUUUACCUUCUUAACGUUAUUUAUUUUCAACAUGUAAAACAAUUCCUUCCCCUCGUGUGCUUUGUCGACAGUAUGCACUUCCGCUCACCGCGAGCCGCUACAUCAACUGAUUACGCAUUACGCCACCUUCCCGCCACAUCACCAUUUAACGGACGCUUUCAGUCGUGUGUGUGUGUGUGUGUGUGUGUGUGUGUGUGUGUGUGGGCCUUUUCCAAGCCAAAUCGCCGCCUUAGGCCUCAAGCCAUCAGCAUUCGCAUGUAAGUGUGCUCACUAAAACGUGACACUCAAGUCAUAAUGUGUUUACUUGUCCGGCCGUUACUUCACUUCAGUGCUGUAGGAUUUCAUGAACCUUGUCCAAGUGUUAAUACGGCCAGUUCAUGAAAUUAAAUCAGGCUGGAACACAAUUUAGAAAUACAAACAUUAAGGAUAAAUGUUAACUCUAAGAUACAGUGCAUUCACAGUGUGACCACAAGGUGGCGCUAAACCUCAGUAUGAGAUACAGUGUGACCACAAGGUGGCGCUAAACCUCAGUGUAAGAUACAGUGUGACCACAAGGUGGCGCUAAACCUCAGUCUAAGAUAGAGUGCAUCCACAGUGUGACCACAAGGUGGUGCUAAACCUCAGUGUAAGAUACAGUACAUUCACAUUGUGACCACAAGGUGGCGCUAAACCUCAGUAUAAGAUACAGUGUGACCACAAGGUGGUGCUAAACCUCAGUAUAAGAUACAGUGUGACCACAAGGUGGCGCUAAACCUCAGUGUAAGAUACAGUGUGACCACAAGGUGGCGCUAAACCUCAGUGUAAGAUACAGUGUGACCACAAGGUGGCGCUAAACCUCAGUAUAAGAUGCAAUACAUUCACAGUGUGGCGCUAAACCUCAGUAUAAGAUACAGUGUGACCACAAGGUGGCGCUAAACCUCAGUAUAAGAUACAGUGUGACCACAAGGUGGCGCUAAACCUCAGUGUAAGAUACAGUACAUUCACAGUGUGACCACGAUUUGGCAUCUAACCUCAAAGAAAGAUAGAGUGCAUUCACAGUGUGACCACAAGGUGGCGCUAAACCUCAGUGUAAGAUAGAGUGCAUUCACAGUAUGAGCACAAGGUGGCACUAAACCUCAGUGUAAGAUAGAGUGCAUUCACAGAGUAACCGCAAGGUGGCAUCUAACCUCAGACACAAUAUCACCCAACACAGAUCAAAUAAAGGAUUUUAUUACACAAUUAUUAAUCACUAAACAUGGCCAAGCAACCAACCCCAACUACCUACAAUCAAUGGCCUCUUGUUGAGUGUCGCCCACUGAUUCCUUUAAUGAUGGCUUCCGGUGACCUGGCAUGACCUGUGGGGAGCACUUCCUGUUUGUUUGAGAAUCAGGGCAGUCCCCCCCCCCACCACCACCACCACACCCCCCACCUCUAAGUCACUACCUGAUUUUGACAACACGUGUGAAAAGGCGUCAUUUACGCUGCUCUGUUUUACAGCACCUGCCCAAUUUGGACCACCCAUGCGUGACAUUAUUAUUAAGUUAGUGUAAAAUGAAUUGUUUUAAUAAUGUAAUUGUAAUUCUGUUCCUACCAUGAGGUAACGUGGGGAAAUUGUUUUGUGGUGAUAAAGACGUAGUUGGCUUUGUGCGUGUCCUCCGCGCUGAAUGAGGCUGUUUAUCUCUUCUCUCAGCAAUCGAAUGGACGAACGUUUUUUUUCCUUUUUGAAGUUGGGUGUUUCAGAUGGAUGGCACGAUAGAAUGCAGAAGAUUUCAUAUUCCCAAAACACGGCCAACAAUUCUCCUACUCUCGACUAAAAACCAGAAACAAAAAAGCUGCCAUUUUAUACUCAUCAAAGUUGUAAAAACACGUCGGAAAAGAAUAUCAUAAAGCAAUAACGGAAAAAAAAAUUGGAAAACCUUUGCUACGCGUGUGUUGUCUAAAUCAGGUUUCCAGUCCAAAUUGGGCAGUGAACCCAAUCCCCCCCCCCCCCCCCCCCUUUGCACCACCCAUUGGGACUGCACUUCCAGACUCCAUUUCCCAUGAGCCCCUGUGGUGGGACGCCUCCACCUAACAUAUGGGGGAUGGAACUGCUCCUGGCCUUUGGCUUCUGGCUCGAGCCAUGCCCUGGCAUCUUCCAUCUUGGCAAGAAGUCAUGGCACCACCCAGCCGGGAUGCCCGUCUGUCCUCCAUGGCACUCACAACAUGUAGGGUGGAGUGGUGGCUCUGGUGGAAAACCCCAUCACUGCUAGGCGAGAUCCUACUACAGCAAGGCCCUUAACCUGAAAAUGACUCCUAUAGAGCAGGGGGCAAUGGCUGACACCCCCCCUCCCCCUCCCCCCCCCACUCCUCCAAAGGUCAGGUUAAAAGGUCAAUUUCCCCUUAAGGAUUACAAAAAAAGUAACAAAUUGGAUGUAUUCUUGUCACAUGACCUCAUCUAUUUGAACCUAUCGGUGAGGUGGGCGUGGCCUUCACCAGGAUACCGUAAGUUAAUCACAGAGCGGCCCACCAAUACGUGAAGUGCUAGCGGCGCCUAACAUUGACGUAUCUGAGGCCCACCGAGCCCCAACACCCCGCCAUCGCUCUCCAGUGCCCGUUUGGUAGCCGGCCGGUGAUUGAGACCUCACGCCCAUGAUACACACACACACACACACGCACGUUUUAACGCCUGACUGUCUCCUUCGCAGCGGAGUCCCCUUCGACGCCACCGAGUACUGUAAAUAACGUCGUGACGGGCUGAUGGCAGCACAUGAAUUUGCGUCUCCGAGAGCUGAUCGCCUUCUCCGGGGUGCAGUUGGCACCCGUGCGUCGUGUGUGGCACCGCGCCCGGCUCAGGAGGCUCUUUGUGUCUUUAGACACAGUAGCAGAUUCCGGCAAGCAUUCAUGUUGAAUGUUUUUAGUGUCCAUGUAGCUUUUUAUAUUGCCAAAGAAUUUUUGUUUUUGUUUUGUUUUCAUGUUUAUUAUUAUUAUUUAUUUUCUGGCAACUCCACUUUAGAUGGUGAACUAUUUCCGACUUUCGGACUUGUAUCGAUUUUUAACACAAUUUGUAUAGCAAUAUGAAGAAAUGUUAAACUGGGAAGAACUGGUAUUAGUAAGCACAGCUCAGGGGGGGACGUGAAGAAGACCCCCCCCCCCCACACACACACACACACACCACAGCCUCUUGGCUUACACUUCAGCCAUCUUGGGGUCCAGUUUUGUGACAUCACAGGGUCACGAGGGGUGCUGGAGCCAAUCCCAGCUAGCAUUGACUGCAAGGCAGGAAAGAACCCUGGAUAGGGGGCCAUAAACAAAAAUAGCCCCCCCCUACACACUUUUAUAUUUAAACUGUACUAUACAGUACACAGGCCUGGCAUUACCCAUGGCGUGCAACUAAGCCACCAGGCUGCUCUAUUAAGCCACCCAAUACAAGACCCGACAACAGAAGUGAAGCCAAGUGGCUGUGAGACCCCCCCCCCCACCCCCGAGCUGUUUAAGGUCCCCCAGAAUGUUCCGAGUGAGACGCCCCGUAAAAAUGAGGCAGCGUGGCGCAGUGGUGACAGGUUUUGAAUUUGAAACCCCGAGUUCAAAUCCCACUACUGACACCAAGUGCUCCGAUUUGACAAACAAAAGAAA